AUGGAACCUGUAUUAGAUUCUGAUUACAUCGCUUCCUCCCGCUCCUACCCAGAGCUUCAGGGCUUAGAGGACCCCGAACUCCGCAAUCUGGCCUCCUGGCUACCUUCCGUCAUCAUUGCGGAUAGAGCCCCCAACACCAUCAAGAAAUACGUCAGAUCCUUCCGCAACUGGGAAGGCUUCGCUUCAAGCAAAGGCCUCCCCUCCCUCCCAGCCAGCGGCCCACACUUGGCCUUGUACCUACUGAAACUACUCCAGACUUCCCGUUCAGCCUCUCCACUCGAAGCUGCGAUGUUUGCUGUUGCCUGGGCACACCGUAAGUCGGGUCACCCUUCUCCACACACCCACCACCUACCGUCGCAAGUGCUACAAGCUGCCAAGCGUAUCCUCGCGACACCGGUCUCCAAAAAACUCCCGUUGACUCCGUGCAACAUCCGGCAGCUAUGCACCACUUACGUGUCACCGACCAUGAGCAUCGACACCUUACAGACUCUCUGCCUCAUCGUUAUCGGCUUUGCCGGCUUCCUACGCUGGGACGACUUGAGCCAGCUUCGCGCUGACGACGUGAGCUUCUGUGACGGCUAUGCUGCUCUUUUCGUGGAGAAGCGCAAGAACGACCAAUUCCGGGAAGGUCACUGGAUCUGUAUCGCUGCUUCCUACACUACCUCCUGUCCCGUUACCUUACUCAAGCGUUUCAUCCAAUCCUCCACAUCCACCGGACACGCCAGACUCUUUCGUAGAGUUGCCACUCACAACGGAGUCACCUUCCUACGACCUGAGCCUAUGUCUUACACCAGGGCUCGUGAAAAGGUUCUCAACUUGCUAUCCACCAUAGGUCUGGACUCAACCAAAUAUGGCCUACACAGUCUUCGGUCUGGUGGAGCCAGCACAGCGGCAGCCAUGGGCGUCCCAGAUCGUCUCAUCGCACAUCAUGGUGGCUGGCGUAGCAUCGAAGCAAGAGAAGGAUACAUCCUUGAGUCCAAGUCUGCCGUCCUUGGAGUUUCGCGUUCUCUCGGUCUCUAA